UUCGGAACCAAACGUUGCCGAAAAUAACAACCACAGAAAUCGUUCCAGCUGUCGUCGCCCAGCAGUCUCAUUCGAGCCAUGGCAAGCAAGCGGACUGGGCCAGCGUCCACUGCGCUGGUCAUAGCCGCCGCUGGUAUUGUCGGACUCGCGGGGUUCCUUGCUCUCAAGUUCUUGGACCAAACGUCCAAGUCCACCAACGACGACGUCAACCGUUCGCCCGCCACAUCCACAAAAUCGAGAUCCUUGCCAAGUGCCUCACAGACGAAGCCUGCCUCGCCUCCACCGUCGCCAAAGCCAAAAUCUCCGUCGCCGAAAGCGAAGACAGCAUCGCCUCCACCGUCGCCAAAACAAGCAGCGGUGGCCAUCGAGUCUGCGUACAUUGCACACAAGGCAUCGCCAACUCCGCCGUCGCCAAAACAACCCUCCCCAGUCGCUCACGCCAAGCCUGCCACACCAGUAGCCUCGCCCACCCAGUCAAUUCGCAAAACCAGUGCCGCCGAAGCUCAAGCGGAGGCAGUUGGUGUGAUCGAAGCUGCUUACAUUGCGCACAAGAAGUCGAGCUCGCCUGCAGCUUCGCCCAAGAAAACAUCGCCGGCUCCAUCGCCCAAGAAAAUUACCCCUGCCUCUUCGCCAAGGACUACUAACCGCAAUGGAAGUGUCACUCAACCAGACGACGCCCAGGCCGAAGCUGUCAGUGUCAUUGAAGCUGCAUACAUUGCACACAAGGCAUCAUCGCCAGUCCCGUCGCCUAAAGCUGCGAAGAUCCCGACUCCAGUGCCAUCUCCCAAGGCGCCGGCGACUCCCGUUUCGUCACCGAAGGCCGCAACCCCCGUUUCGUCGCCCAAGGCUGCCACUCCUGUGUCCUCACCGAAGGCCACGACCCCUGUGUCGUCGCCAACUCCAGCUUCGUCAUCAAAAGCCCCCCUGACUAUCUCUAUUCCUCCUGCAUCGCCCAAGAAGAUUGCUCGCAAGGGCAGUUUGCCCCCAGCCCCGCAGCCCGUCGACGACGUGGAUGCGGCUAACGUGGAUGAAGCCAAACCUGUUGAGCCAUCGGCUGUCGACGAAUUCCAAGAGCCGAGCGCUCAGAUCGUCGCUGCUCCGACCACCGACGAUGACGACACGAACGAGGCUCUACAGACGAGCGUCACGAGCGACGGGUACGUCGAGUUGGACGCGGCGACCCCAGCUCCCGACACCACUGCAGACGCGCUCAGUGACGAAGCAGUCCCUGCCGCCAGCCCCGAUACUGUCCCCGCCGCCAGCCCAGAUGCGAGUAAGAAGAGCUCGAAGAAGAAGAAGAAAAAGGGGAAAAAGUAGUGACACAACAUAUCCGACUAAUAUCUCGCGUCCUUGACGAGGUCGAGAAACUCUUUGAUCGCGUCGAUUUCGCCCAUGCUCGAGA